AUGGAAGGUGUAAGUUUGUAUCAGGCAUUGACUGCUGAUACAAAGAUUAAGUUCCACUUAUCCAUCUUCACUAUUACAGUUGAUAAACCUCUGUCAACUCCGCGUAGAUUAAAUCGGCGUCAAUUAAAAGUUGAUGUUGAGAAGGACCAAGCACAAUUAGAUCCACCAAUUCGAAGGCAGAAAGAAUACGCGAACUCUGAUGGAAUGGAUGACGCAAAUGAACAACUUGCUCCAAUAAUUAAACAAACAAAGAAACAUUUACCUGAAUUAAACUUUCCAACAUUUGCAUUAGUGAAUGAAAAGGAAUUCUCUACGUAUUCUUAUAAACAAGAUAAAAGACAAAGGCAACCAGUACCAAAACAAAUAGUCAAACAAGAAAAUCCUAGACAGCAGCAAAUGCCAUUGCCAACAACUUCUCCUAGUCCAUAUGGCCAAAGUCAAAUGCAAAUGCAGUAUAUUCAACCACAAAUGCAAAUGCCACAAAUAUCACAAUAUUAUCAAUUACAGAUGCUUCAGCAGAAUAAGGGAAUGGAUAAGAAUUUGUCCAUGCAACAACAAUUAAAUUUAAUGAGAUAUAAUCCAAAUAAUAAUAAUAAUUACCAAAUUCCAAUAACGACAUCUUUACAGACCUCCGUUGGUAAGACAAUGCCAACUCCUCAAACACAGCCGCAAAAUCAGCAAAAACAACCCCCACAAAUUAAAAAUAUUUAUUUGAACCAAGAAAUUUUAAAGUUCAGAUAUGGUGUCAUUAAAGAUCCUUCUGAAACUCCGAAUAUACCAUUAGUACUAGAUAAAUCCGAUAAAAUGAUUAAGUUUACCGAAUCAUUAUCAGAAUCUCAAGAUAAUUCAUCGAAGAACCAAGCAAUGCUAGACUGGAAUACCCUCAAAUUCCAUUGCGAUGAAUACUACAUGUCACUUACUGAAAAUUUUUUAUCCUCCAGGCCAAAUCUCGACAUCCAACAUUCAGAUGUAGCGACCAACUUAUACCUUAUAGAGCCAAACCCUCAUGAUAUUGAAACCCAACACCAUCCGCGCUUGAAUACCCUUCAAAUUCUCGGUUUACCGCUGAAAAUUACUUAUGAUCCUAAAACUCAUCCGAGUUACAGCAACGAAUUCGACACAGUACAGAUUUCUCCGUAUCUUAGAGACUUCGAAAGCCUUUCUGGUCGAAAUGGAAGAAAAUUAAUUUUACUUGAACACACUUCCGAGAACCCUGCAUUUAUUUUGAACGUCGGAAUGGCAUCUAGACUCAUUACUUACUAUCAUCAGGCCACAGCUGAAGAUAUUCCGAGAAGUUUGAUUGAAUCAGAUACACAUCUCAUCAAACCGAACCAAGCAUCACCUUUCUUAGCCUCUAUUCCUAAGAGUACACCAAUUCACACUAUUUCCUGCAACAUGUUCGAUGUUCCUGUUGCUAAACAUGAUGUUGAACCAACAGAUUUCCUUUUGAUAAGGGAUAUGGAGGACAAUCGCAAGUUCUAUAUAAGACACAUCGAUGCUACAUACUGCGCCUCUCUUUUGGAAGCAAGAGUAAAAGUUAUGAGGCCAAAUAAAAAAGUGACUCAAACUUUUAUAACCAAUUUCAUCACCGCGAUAUUAGUAAACAUAUUCAGAGGUAAUAAGCAGUACAAAGGCCGUAGCAGAAUCCAAGUUUCCAGUGUUCUCAAAGAAUUUUUCCCAGAUAUGAACGAAUUAAAGCUUCGUGAAGUCCUAAAGAAGUUUGCAAAGAACUAUAGAGAGCAAGGUAGUGGUUAUUGGGAACCUGUCGAGAAAGAUCUCGAUGCAUUUUUCGGAACAAUCCAAAUUACACCGGAAGAUGUCUGUUCUUAUCAGUCCAUGCAAGCAGGUUUCAAGAAACUCAGACGCAGUGGUGUGAAUAUGCUCAUCCGAUCCAAAAGAGUUUACCAGCAAAUCCAAAAUCUCAAAGGUGAACUGACCAAAAAAGUGGCUGAAAAAAUUGAGCUCGAACUUAUGAAGACACCAUGGGCGAGAACUGAGAACUUCACAAAGGCGUUCGAUGGCCAGUUGAUGGAGAUGUCACGUGCAGAUACAGGUGAACAAAUUGUCAGAACGAAAGGAAGAAGAGGAAAAUCAGAAGCAGGUGAACAAAAAGAACCUAAGAAACAAAGAUAUGGCACAGAUGCGGAUCUUCGUGUUCUGCACAUCCCACAGCUUAACGAGAAACUUCGUUCAUACGGCAUCCCAGAAGAACAGAUUGCACGUCUUCUUCGCUGGGAUAAAGUUAAAUUACUUCGCGAAAUCACAUCUAACCAGAUGAAGGAAGGCAUCCAGACUGAGGACACACUUAAGUACGCACGUGGUCCAUGCAACCAGUACCAAGAGAAGAAAGAGCAGUACAAGAAAGUCUACGAAGAAUCAUUCAAGACUAACUUGCAGUACAUCAGCUCAUCCAAGAAAGAUGACAGCGAGUACCAAGACAUGGAACAUCUUGACCAAGUUUCACUUGAAUGGGCACGUGCAGACUUUUCCGAUGAAGAAGACGACAACGACGACGCAUCAGUCGACCUCACAUCUAUUGACGAGAAACCACAGCAGAUCACAGACACAGGUGAUCCUAAAGAGCUUGUUCGUUACGGUAUCUGCACAUACCACUUCAACGUCGACUGGAACGAACUUGGCUUCGGCGGCUACGCGAUGCGUAAGGCAGCUAAGAUCAUCAACAUUUCGUACAAGAACAAACAACUUGAUGUUAAUGUUCGAUGGGAGCGUCAGCCACACCAGAUCAAGAACAUGGAAGAACUCGAGAACGAUGUCAACUACCAGGAAUCUAACAAGUUCGGCAGCAACAACGACUUCGUCACAUCAGUUCUGCAAGCUAUGAAACGAACACUUCAAGACAAGAUCAGGCGAACACGUCAGCAGGAGCGUAAAGACAAGACACAACAAGUUCAGCGCUUUAUCAUCACCGAACACCAGGAGAUGCUUGUCCAAGAUCCCGAUAAGAACUUGACAUUUAUAUUGACACCAGAAGUCAUCAUGCGCAUCGAAAACUCAUCACGUGCAUUCAAGAACUACUGUGACCACAAUUAA